CUGUGACUUGAUAACGCGCAGGCUCUCGAAUCACACUGAAUAUAUGAAUCACAACAAUCCAUCAAGGCAUGCUGUGUGCGUGGCUGGGCCUGCGACGCUCUGAAGAUCACGAUCAAGUCUCAUGUCAGUGGUGACAGCGCUUAUUACGACAUCGCCCAUUUACUACAUAAUAAUCGCGCUACCGACUGUCCGUCAACGAUUUGAUCAUUCUUGCGCGGUGUUAUCACGACAUAUCGAUGCCGUCGGAUUGCAGGAAGAUAUGAGGAUCAAUCAGCAUACCAAGCUCCGCAUGGUCGGUGCAAUCCACUCUCCAUGCUUCUAUGCCGACCCCUUCCGGCAGACUGUGCAUGUCUGCCAGGGUUCCGCAGAAGGUGGCACGCACGAGCGCGCUGCAUUGUAUCUAGGCGCCUUUUGCCCGGAGGCACGGAGUCCUUGACUCCCACACGGAAACGCGCCUUGGCCGAGGGAACGGGCACCGGAGGCGCUCGCCUCGCACACGUCUGAUGGACAUGACGAUCUGCCGACGUGACGACCUCGACUAGUCCUCGUGACUCAUGUCGCGCAAUUGCAAUUGAUUGAC